UGUGAACAUCUGCUAUUUCGACGCGGUAUAGUAAACAACACUAGCAGCAACAUUCACGCUGCCGUCACCUUUAUCGCUACUAGGUCAUGGUUUUGGCAUGUUAGUAAGACCAUCGUAGCCGUCUUCGCUGCUACAUACGUUGGAAUUCCUGUUUUAAUCACCAUCUUCCCGAAGCUAAUCCAACAUGCUGUCUUCCUGAACAUGGUUGCAUGGCCACCAUUCAUAGACCUUAGCAUGCCAGAGUUACAUGGGUUGCCAGCAGCUUGUGCCUUCUACUUAGAAAGUGAGCCAGGUGUCACCCUAGGAGUAUGGCAUAUUUUACCCAAGAAUCUGGCCAAAGAGUCUAAACCUUCUGAGGACUACUGUGAACUUUUACUGGGCGAUAGUCAACCUGUGAUUCUCUACUUACAUGGCAAUGCUGGUACAAGAGCAGGCUACCAUAGAGUACAAAUCUAUAAGAUGCUCUCCGAUCUCAAUUUCCAUGUCAUCGCUCUUGACUAUAGAGGGUUUGGUGAUUCAACUGGUUCACCUACCGAAAAGGGCAUUAGUGACGAUGCCAUGUACAUCUACCGCUGGUUAGAAGAAAGAGCGGAUGAAAGCAAGAUAAUUAUUUGGGGCCAUUCACUUGGAACUGGAGUUGCUACACAGCUCACUAAGCAAAUUUGUGAUUCAGGAGGGUGCCCUGCACGACUGGUUCUUGAGGCUCCAAUAACAAGCAUAAUGGAAGUUGCCAGUGAGCAUCCACUUUCCAUGCCGUAUAAGUAUUUACCGUUCUUCACACCCAUAUUUCUGGAUGCCAUCGCAAAGCAUGGAGCAUCGUUUAAUAACACCGAAAAUAUUGCCAGUGUUCGGUGCCCCACAAUAAUCCUUCAUGCCAAAGAUGACCCCAUUGUGCCAUUCAAGUUUGGAGAAAAGCUAUUUCAGGCUGCAGAAAAGAGCCGACAUUCUGAGUCAGAGCCAGUGCACUUUGUUGCGUUUGAAGAUGGUAGAGGUUACUACCACAAGCACCUUCAUCUUGCACCGGAACUACCUGCUAUCAUAGAAAAAUUUGUAAAGGACGGCGGCUACGUUAGAAGGUAACGAUCGGACUUCGAUGUCUCCCAGGCGGACGGUGUGUGUAGACGUCACGGGCAGGAGAAAUUUCUUACCUUCUCGUUUCUUCCUUCCUUACGCCUUCUAGAGUAAGUCCGUGAGCCGUGAAUCCUGUGGACUAAACUAUGGGGAGUAUUGGAAUCAAGUGUGACCCCACGUCUCCGUUGUCACUAAGCUAUUCUUCCGAUUUAGCGCUUGUUGUGCGGUCUCUUUCUCUAGUCUCUUCCUCUCCACACUUAGAUGUCACAGGGCUCGAAUAGCUCCUGAAACCCCUCCUGAAAGGUCCUGGAAUAUUAAAACGGUAUGGAAAAUGGGCUACAGUCCAGGAAAGCUCUGGAAAAUAUUCUGUUUAUUCUAUUUUUAUGAUAGGAAGUCCUUGAUUUGUCGGGCGUAUCUGAGAUGUAAUAAAAUUCAAGAGUUCGUACACUAAUCAUUGAUUGGGGACAGAAACCUGCAAUUAUGUGGCGAGAGUCUUUGAUGUCCAGAAUACCUAGUCAGCUACUCAAUGUAGCCUGUAGGGUCCUACCUAUUUCGCUCAAGGUUCUAACACCUCAUGUUGCCACCACGACACGGACGUAUGUGUUACACAGUGAGAGGUGGCAGAUCCUGUGGCGGUGUCUAAAACAUUAUUCUGGGGUGUGGAGUGGUAGUUUGGCUAAUUCGCUGUGUUGGGAUAUGACAUUUGCGGCAACUAGUGUGAUUUGAAAACACAUUGUGGCGUGUGAUUCACCGAUGGGUGAAUCAUGGCUGGCUGGUUGUGACAUGAUUCAGUCGGGUGGGUUGCUGUUGGGUGGGAUAAAUAUUUACGGCCGGCCAUCCUAUGGGCAUCCUGAUUUAUUUUACACGUGGGUACCGCGUGUCACAGUGUUAGGCAGAAACUCGUAGCUUGUUUAUAUAGCAUGGAACCACUUUCACUGCAGCCUUCUACGGACGGACUUUCCAGUCAUACGCACACGUACAAGCACGCGUACGGCGUACCCACCCGUCUUUCGCAACUUGUAUUGCUUUGAUUGAUUAAUUAAGUAGUGUGGUGUGUGUGUUUUUCGAAUUAUGUCGUAAAAUUCGUGCAUGUUCGUAUUGUGUACAAUUUUGAAUAAACUGGCAGGCUCGUGUGGCCCAGCAAGAUUACCAUUGAUAUAGCUGUUAAACUACAGUGGCUAUAUUAAUCGAUUUUUAGACUAGAACUAUUUAAUUAGCGAACAAUAGUGUGAACUGUACUUAGUUGCAGUCGGAAUUGCUUUUUAAUUAUAUGCGGUUUUGUAAUUUAUUAUAACGUCACAUUUACAUAUUGCAUUAAUUUUAAUAGCAGUUACACCGUAAUCAAUCAACAUAAAUUCAUACCAGCGAUAAAUGGUAUAUUUAAAACAACAGGAAAAACGUUGGAUCAGUGUUUUAGUAAUCGAACUGCUGCCGUUCUACUUGGAAAGUCAUUGAAAUAAAAUUGAGCUCCUGUUUUUCUGAGAGGCAAUAAAACUCUUUUCUGUGCAAAA